CGGAGGCCAACCUUUCAAACACCGACGCCAAGCACGCGAAGACACUCUCGACGGCCGUGUCGACCGGGCAAGGAGCGGGCAGCUGUCUUCCUCCCACCCCGUCGUUGCGCGCGCAUGCGUGUGCGCGCUGCUUCAGGCUCAACCGGCGAGCGGGAAUCAACCUAACCUCUAUUUCCCUUUCAACAAUGCUCUUUUGUUCCAUGUGACGGUUCUUUUCUCCCCCGUUCCUUCCCUCUCGGAAGAUUUUUUUUUUUCCGUAGCCAGUGAAACUUUGGAAAUAUUCAAAACUCAUUUUAACUGUCCCGGUCCCCUCUGCGUAUUUUUUUUUCUCUCUCUCUCGUCCCACGUGGCUUUUUGUUUUUACUAUCCCGGGGUUCGGAAAGAGAAAAAUACCAUGACGGGUCGUUCGCCUGACCCGCCGCCUAUAAGGACUGGAAGGAUGUUCGAAGAAAGGUCCGAGAUCAACCGGUGGAUGCUGUGUUGCCUCGCGGUGGCAGUCCUGGCCGUUUCCGCCCUCCCUGUGACGUCAUCUUUAGAGUUCGACAACGACCUGGUGUUCGACGACCCCGCGGCGAACAGCGAGCUGUUCCCCGGAGCCGAGCAGCUGGGCCGCUCGUCGCACCGACGCCUCAACGGCAGCGCCGAGGCGGGAGGGGGAGGAACAGCCCUGCCGCGGGCGCCGCCCCCGGCCCCGCAGACCGUGGCCCCCGUGCAGAGUCCCCCGGAGCGGCGGAGGCAGCCCGCCCCCGAGUCGCCGCCCCCGGAGCCGGCCGGCGGCCUCGGCAUCCUGGACAGCCUGCGCCACAUCGGCCACCGCGCCAAGAGGUUCCUGGGCCUGUGGGGCGAGGACCGGCGCGCCAGGCGCAGCGCGGACGACGACGACGACGCGGGGAACGCGCUGACCUCGGACCUGGAGGAGGGCGACCCGCCCGACGGCGGGGAGGAGGAGGACCUGGAGCGGCAGCUCGGCGAGCAGAAGCAGGCGCUCAAGGCCCGCCGCGGCGACACGCAGCUCGACGACGAGGACUACGUCAACGAGGCGGCGUCCGGGGACUUCGAGGGCUCUGCCGCCGCCGCCGGCACCACCACCACCGAGCGCUCCGAGCAGCAGCGGCCGUCCUCGGAGUCGCUGUUCUUCCGCAUCAAAAUGAUAAUUGGCGAGCCGUACAGAAGCUCGUUCGCCGACCGGGACAGCAAGGAGUUCCAGCAGGUGGCCCGGCCGUUGUCGGAGGGGAUCGUCAACUUGUACCAGAACCUGCCGGGACGCAGAUCGUGCUCCAUCAUCAAGAUAGAACCAACAAGUGACAGCAUGCAGUCUAGGAUCACGCUCGACCUGGGAACCAUUGGCUUCACGGACAGAGAAGUUAUCCGUCAGCGCCUGCGUGACCACAUAAGGAACAGCAGGAGAAUAGGACCUGUCACAGUUCCUGAUGAAAAUGUGGACAUAACAGAAUUUUCAGCCUCCACCCCGAGACCGGGGGUCCCGACCCCGCUGUGCGAGUCCGGGGAGAUGGCCUGUCGCAACGGGGAGUGCGUGCCCUACACGUCUCGCUGCGACGGGCUCGCCCAGUGCGAGGACGGGAGCGACGAGCUCGGCUGUCCAGCAUCCCCCACGAGUUCCACGCCAACUUCCGUCGAGCUGAGGCCGGUGGGGACCUCCUCCUCCACGCUGGUAUCUCGUUGCCGCGCCGACGACCAGGUCCGCUGUGCCGACGGUAGAGUGUCCAUCUGCAAAAUUCAGGAGUGCGACGGCCAGCCGGACUGUCCGGGCGGGACAGACGAGCUAAACUGCCCGACCACGCCACCCGAAUGCAGAGAAGGGGAAUUUGUGUGUGACCUGGAUCGUUGCCUGCCGGCUUCGAUGAGAUGCGACAAUCGCGUCGACUGCACGGAUGGCACUGACGAGCAGAACUGUCCGCAGAUCCAGACGCCGCAGCCGCCGACAGAGCCCACCCGCCCCUCUUGCCAAAGCGAUCAGUACCAGUGCAGGGACGGCUCUUGCAUUGACGGGACUCAGGUGUGCGACUCUUACCGGGACUGUCCCGAGGGAGAAGACGAGAGCAGCUGUGACGCCAGCUGCCGCCCUACCUUCGAGUGGAGAUGCGACUCUGGGACCUGCAUCGACGCACGCCUGCGUUGCAACGGCCGCAUCGACUGCCCAAGAGACGACUCUGAUGAGCGAAACUGCCCUGCUCCUUGUAUCUCUGGUCAGUUUCGGUGUCGCGACGGAUCAUGCAUUGAUGCCAUCCUCAGGUGUGAUAACAAAAUUGAUUGUCCCAGAGACAGCCUUGAUGAAGAGUAUUGUCCAUGCACUGCGGAUCAGUUUGAAUGUUCCAACAAGCAUUGUAUUCCCCGCAGCAGGCAUUGUGAUGGUUACAACGAUUGUCAAGACGGCAGUGACGAACGCAACUGCCGUAGGCAAUGUUCGUCCGAUGAGUUCCUAUGCGGUGAUAACACUACUUGUAUCUCUAAUGCACUUCGUUGUGAUCGAAGAGUCGACUGUCCUGAUGGCUCUGAUGAAGCUAACUGCGGCGUCCAACCGACAUGCAGAACAGACGAGUUCCGUUGUGAGGACGGAACGUGUCUGAACAUCAACCAGAGAUGUAAUGGGGCGUCGGACUGUCUCAGUGGGGAAGAUGAGGAAGGCUGUGCGGUGUGCUCCCCGACAGAGUUUAAGUGCAAGGAUGGUCGUUGCGUGGACUCGCGGGUGGUGUGCGAUGGGAAUCAGGACUGCGGGGAUGCCAGCGACGAAGACGAUUGCGGCGAUGGUGUGGUGGAACUGUUCUGCCACCCGUGGGAAUGGCCUUGCAAGGACAGCGUCAUGUGUUUAUCUCGAGAGAAGCAUUGCGAUGGGUUUCCGGAUUGCUUCGACGAUUCUGACGAAGUAGGAUGUGAAGGUGUGAGGGAAUGCAGUCGAAGUGAGUACCGUUGUAGAGACGGAGGGUGUAUCAGUGACGCCUACCGCUGUGACGGGUUCUCUGACUGCUCUGAUGGAAGCGAUGAGCAGAAUUGCAGCACAGAAGCGUCAACAUGCAGGCCUGAACAGUUUACGUGCGGUAACGGAGAGUGUGUGGAUGCGUCAAGAAAGUGUGAUGGUCAGUUUGAUUGUAUUGACUCAUCAGACGAACGAGACUGUGGGGUGUGCACCCCGGAGCAGUUCCGCUGUGCCAAUGGCAACUGUAUCCCCGAGAACCAGCGAUGCGAUAGCAAUCCGGAUUGUGGCGACGGCUCUGACGAGCUAGACUGCGAGCCAGCGACGUGUCAGCUUGACGAAGUACGCUGCGGUGAUGGGCGCUGCCUGUCUGCUGCGUACCACUGCGAUGGGUACAGGGACUGUAACGACGGGGCUGACGAAGUCAACUGCUCUCCAAAGUCCUGCGCACCGGGUGAGUUCACUUGUGCUGACGGUGACUGCAUUGAUGAUCGAAGACGGUGCGAUCGGCGAAGAGACUGCAGAGACGGCUCAGAUGAAGAAUCGUGUCCUGAACCACAACCAACAACGUGCGGACCGAACUACUUCACUUGUCAGGAUGGCAGCUGUGUGGGUCUUCGCCAAAGAUGCGAUGGAAGACGUGACUGCAGAGACGGUUCCGAUGAAAGCCUCUGUCGUUGUCGCUCUGACCAGUUCCAAUGUAGCUCGGGAGAAUGCUUGUCAAGGUCAAGCCGUUGCAAUGGAUAUCCAGAGUGUGCGGACUCAAGUGACGAAGCAAAUUGCCCGACCCCUCCCCCGCUGCCGCCCCAGUGCCCGUCCGGCCUGGUGCCGUGCCGCACGCCCGGCCAGUGUGUCCCGAGGUCCGCGCUCUGCGACGGACGCAUCGACUGCCAGGACUUCUCCGACGAGGACAACUGUGGUUCAUCUAAUCAGCUGAAUCUGAAGACCUAUCCAGAUGAUCAGACCAUCAAAGAAAGUAGGGAAGUCGUCUUUCAGUGCAGAGACGAGGGCCCUCUGCGUGCUCGCGUCCACUGGACCCGGGAGAACGGGCUGCCGCUGCCCCCCGGCUCCAGGAACAUCAAUGGCCGCCUGGAAAUGCCAGACAUCCAGGUGGAGCACUCUGGAACGUACCUGUGCGAAGCGGUGGGAGUCCCAUACAACGUGACGGGCGCCAGGAGUGUUCCGGUUCACUUGUCUGUGGAGAAAGAAGAGUUUUUUACUCCACGACCCCAAAGCUGUGGUUACAACGAAGCUACGUGCUCAAAUGGCCAGUGCAUUAGCCGACAACUGGUCUGUGACGGCAGAGAAGAUUGCUCUGAUGGUUCUGAUGAAAUGAGAUGCAAUCCGAUCGGCUGUGAACCAAAUGAGUUCCGAUGCAACAACAAGAAGUGUGUCCUUAAGACGUGGAUGUGUGAUGCGGACGAUGACUGCGGCGACAACUCAGACGAAGCAAAUUGUGCCACAAAUGCUCCAGGGUCUCCGUGUCGCUACAGCGAGUUCCAGUGCCGAAGCGGCAACCAGUGCAUUCCUAAGUCAUUCCACUGCGAUCAGGCACCUGACUGUCAAGACGGCAGCGAUGAAAUUGGAUGCUCGUCCGCAUACAUCCAAAGCCCGCCUCCUCCCAUGAUCACGCUGGACAUCGGGUCCAUCUUCAUCGUCACGUGCACCGCGAGGGGCAUCCCCACGCCGCAGAUCGUCUGGCGGCUGAACUGGGGCCACAUUCCCAGCAAGUGUACCACCACGAGCGUCGACGGCACCGGCACCCUCACCUGCCCGGACAUCCAGGAAUCAGACCAGGGAGCGUACAGUUGUGAAGCGAUAAACGUCAGAGGCUCCACUUUCGCCGUGCCUGACACCAUCCUGGUUGUCAACAAGCCCACGACAGCCUGUCCCAGGGGUUCCUUCAACGACGACGCCUCGUCGGAGAGCGAGUGCAUCUCGUGCUUCUGCUUCGGCGUCACCACCGACUGUAAAAGUGCCGACCUCUUCACAUUCCAGCUGCCUCCACCCAUCAACGUGUACAGGCUCGUGAACGUUCAGCUACAGCCGACACCCAGGAUUCAGCCGGAGCCGCCCUUCCGAUCCUUCCAGCCAACACUCAGCUCUCUCGCCAAUGGCUUCCGGGUAUUUACUUCUGAGGCGCAGUUCCAACCCAACAACGUCUUGUACUUCGCACUGCCAGAAAGCUACAACGGCAACCAACUGAAGUCUUACGGUGGAUAUCUGAAGUACACUGUGAACUACAAAGGAGAUGGCAGGCCAAUCACAGCUCCAGAUAUUAUAAUCAGUGGAAAUGGCUACAUUCUGACCCACCAAGGCCGAAACCCGUCUUCCAGGCAAGACAAUGACGUGAGUGUCCGGAUAUUCCGCGGGGAAUGGUACAAGAUCGCCAGCCCGGAGCCCAGGGACACCCUAAACACUCCCGCCAGCAGGGAGGAGAUUAUGAUGGUUCUCAGCAACACGGACAACAUAUUGAUAAGGUCGCAAUACACCGAUGGCAGUGUGAUUGACACGUCAGUCUUCAACAUUCUCCUCGACUCUGCUGGUAUUCGCAACACGGGAUUGGGGCAGGCCGUGUACGUUGAAGAGUGCCGAUGCCCAGUGGGGUACACCGGUCUGUCAUGUGAGCAAUGCGCGCCCGGCUACAACCGUCGCCGGUCUGGACCCUGGCUGGGUCUGUGCACCAGGGAGCCGGAGACGUGCCUCCCCGGUUACUACGGCGACCCCAGCCGCAACGUCCCGUGCCAGCCCUGCCCCUGCCCGCUGACGACCCCGAGCAACCAGUUUGGCCGCACGUGUCACCUGGACACGAGGGGGGAUGUCACCUGCGACUGCCCUCCAGGAUAUGUUGGACGACGCUGUGAGAUGUGUGACGUGGGCUACCAGGGAAACCCCCUGAUACCAGGAGACACCUGUUCCAGGGGCACUUGCAAUGUAGCUGGUAGCCUCGCUGCUCAACCAAAUCCUGCAAGUGGAGAGUGUGAGUGCAAGAACAACGUAAUUGGUGCUUCGUGUGAUCGAUGUAAGGCCAGCACGUUCUUCUUGGACCCAAGCAACCAGUUUGGUUGCAUCAGCUGUUUCUGCAUGGGCGUGACCAGCCAGUGCCAGAGCUCCAGCCUUUACAGGGAUCAGGUCGCUGUGGCAUUCACAAGAAACACGCAAGACUUCAAACUUGUCGGAACCUCGAGCAGACUGGAGCCAAUCACGGAUGGGAUCCACGUUGACCUGGCAUCCCGGGAGCUCGUAUUCCAGGACUUCUCCAGGCGUCCAGACGUGUACUACUGGCAGCUGCCGCUGCAGUUCCUCGGCGACAAACUUACGUCGUACGGCGGCCAGCUCAAGUACACGCUGCGCUACGUGCCCGUGCCCGGGGGACAGAGCUCUCGAAACAGCGCCCCUGACGUCGAACUCAUCAGCACCAACGGCAUCAGGCUGCUGUACUUCCGGCGGGAGCAGAUAGAGCCCAACCAGCAGCAGACGAUCUCCGUGCCGCUGCUGGAGCAGCACUGGCAGAGGCUGGACGGCCAGACCGCCGACAGGGAGCACAUGCUCAUCACCCUGGCAGACCUGGGGAUGAUCCUCAUCAAGGCCACGUACACCACCAACACCAGGGAGGCUGCGCUGCUGAGCGUGUCGCUGGACGUCGCGGAGGAGCGCAACACGGGCCAGCCGCGGGCCCUCGCCGUGGAGCAGUGCAUCUGCCCCGCGGGCCACGUCGGACUGUCGUGCGAGGACUGCGACGUGGGGUACACCCACAAGGAUGCGGGCCUCUACCUGGGGCUGUGCGAGCCCUGCGGCUGCAACGGCCACUCCAGCGAGUGCGACCCGGACACCGGCGUGUGCAGGAACUGUCGUGACCACACCACGGGCGACAGUUGCGAGCUGUGUGAGACCGGCUACGGGGGCGAUGCCACACGAGGAACACCGUCGGACUGCCAGCCACGGGGCGUGGCCCCCACGUGCAGCUGCGACCCGCGGGGGAGCCUGAGGAGCGACUGUCCCGACGGAGUGCAGUGCGUGUGCAAGACGAACGUAGAGGGAGCGCGCUGCAACAGGUGUCGGCAGGGUACUUUCGCCUUGUCUGCCGAAAACCCGGAGGGCUGCCUCGAGUGCUUCUGCAGCGGAGUGACGGACAUCUGCCAGGCGUCUGCUUACAACCGCACGCAGAUACCCAUGCAGAUAAUCGACACUAGGCACGGCUUCACUCUUACCGACAGGAGCAGAUCCGAGGUCAUCAGAGAGGGCUUUGUCCUGAACGUGGCGCAGAAUGAAAUAGGUUACUCGUUUCCCCCGAGCGCACGGGGACAGCGGAUGUUCUGGUCCCUGCCACCAUCGUUCUCUGGCAACAAGGUGGCGUCCUAUGGGGGCAACCUGACCGUCACGCAGCACUACUCCGCGCGGCCCAGCGGGCAGAGGGACCAGGACACGGAUGUGAUCAUCACCGGCAACGGCAUCACCCUCUACUGGACGUACCCGGGACUCGCAGAACCCGACCAACCUUUCACGUUCUCGGUGCCGCUGCGGGAGUCGUCGUGGUGGCGGCUGGACCAGUCUGGCCGGCGCACGGCGUCCCGUGCCGACCUCCUGACCGUGCUGGCCAACGUGGAGGCCAUCCUGGUGCGCGCCACCCACAGCACGCAGACCCUCUACACGUCCCUGGGCGACGUGUCGCUGGACACGGCCGUGCCGCAGUACACGGGCCAGCGCGUCGCCAUCGAGGUGGAAGCGUGCCGCUGCCCCGAGGGCUACCGGGGCACCUCCUGCGAGACGUGUUCCCCUGGCUACUACCGCAACCGGGACGACACACUGCGCGGCAGCGUGCUGGGGUCGUGCCAGCGUUGCCCAUGCAACAGCCACGAGGAGAGCUGCCAGGCCACCCCAGACGGCCGUGUGAUGUGCACUUGUCAGACAGCAUACACCGGACAGUACUGCGAGAGCACAAAAGGACUUAUGAUGGAACUGGUACCCAUCGUCGUGAAGAAGCCCAUCGGAAGCAUCGUGACUUUCGUGUGUAGUUACAAUAGCAACGACGGCAUGAACAUUGAGUUUAUAGAGGUCCCUCCUUCACCGACUGCCAUCUCCAACGGCAACACCAGUUUGCAACACACUCACAUGAUUAGCAGAUACGAGUCCGGUGCCAAGAGGUUGUUCACCAUUAAGGUACAUCGCAAUCACCACUCUGUGAUCUGCGUUGUGAGCGAUAAGGCAGGCCGCAUCGUUGGAAAUUUCAUAUCCAGGAUUUACCCAGUCUCUGUGGUUGAACCACCAGAAGAAGAGUAUUCGACUGAAGGACCAACUCCUAGACCACCCCAACCACCGACAAUCACCGUCAGGAAGAUAGACCCCGAAAUACAGAUUGUAGCUGUUGGUACAACUGCUAGGUUCCGCUGUAGUGGCCAGUCUAUCUAUCAGAGACCCGUCUCGAUGGAAUGGAGCAAGGAAGGUGGGGAGCUGCCACCAGAGAGAGCCAUCGACGACCACCGUGGACUCCUGGUCAUCACCGACGUCCGAGUGUCCGACUCCGGGACGUACGUCUGCCACGUGACGGACGGCUACAGCUUCGCAGAGGAGAGGGCUGUGCUCAGCAUCGGAGGGUCGUCAGCCACCCGGCCACAAGCGACCAUCGAACCACGGUUCCUGGAGGUGACGGAGGGGGAGCCGGCAGAGUUCCGGUGCGCUGGGACUGGCGUUCCCGCCCCCACCUUGAGCUGGUUCCUCGGCGGGAACAGGCCACUUCCUCCUCAGGCGACCUUCUCUAAUGGAGUGUUCAGGAUAUCUGCUGUCAGGAAGUCUGACGAAGGAGAAUAUGAGUGUCACGCUGUAAACCCAUCAGGAUCGACUGUGCAGAGAACCGUCUUGUAUGUCAGAGCCCAGCAGCGACCGCCCGCGCCGCUGCCCGGCGGGAGCCUCAGCAUCCAGCCGCCGCAGUUCUCGGGCCCCACCGGCGAGACGGUGACCCUGACCUGCCGAACGGCCUCAGACCAGCGGGAGUACACGGUGCGCUGGAGCCGGGCGGACGGCCGCAGCCUGCCCCUCUCGUCGGCGCAGCGCUCCAACGUCCUCACCAUCUACAACGCGUCGCCAGACGACUCCGGGGUGUACGUCUGCGUCGCCACGUCGAUCUACUCGGGCGAAGUGACCCGGACCCAGGCCCGCGUGACCAUCGUCCCGUACGGACGACCACCGACAGUGCGCAUCGAGCCGGAGCGCCAGACCAUUCCCCAAGGCACGACGGGGGAGUUGAGGUGCGCAGCAAGUGGCGACCCCACGCCCCAAGUGCAGUGGGCCAAGGCCGGCAGCGACAGGCUGGGCUUUAACAUCCAGGUUAUUGGUGAUCUGCUGCGAAUCACAGACGCCCAGAUCGGCGACCGAGGGGUGUACGUCUGCACUGCGACCAGCUCUGCUGGAAGUAUACAGGCUUCGGCGGUGAUUGAAGUGGAACGACGAGAGGCUCCCUCGCUGGAGAUGUACCCGAGGGGCGACAGGGUGGUGAACGUGGGGGGCAGCUUCCAGCUCCAGUGUCGCAUCAUCAAGGGCAUCCCGGCGCCCACCGUGCAGUGGAGGCGUCCGGGCGGCCGGCCGCUGCCGUCCGGCGCGGAGCAGCUGCCGGGAGGCGUGCUCAGGCUCACGGGCAUAACGGAGGCCGACGAAGGGGAGUACACGUGCCACGCGGAGAACGAGGCCGGGUCGGUGGAGUCCGUUGCGGUGCUGACUGUCCAGUCGAGGCCGCAGAUACGCCUGUCGCCGUCCAGCAGAGUGGAAGUGAACGUCGGCCAGAGGGUGCGGCUGGAGUGCACGGCGACCGGGAAGCCACAACCGUCCGUGUCGUGGUCCAAGGUCUCCGACCAGUACUCAUAUUCUUCCCCUGGUGUUUCCGAAAGGCUAGAAACUGCCAUAUUUGAGAUCACAAGUGCCAGGAAGGAAGAUGGUGGCAUAUAUCGGUGUACCGCAACUAAUGCAGCUGGUGACUCCGAAGAUCGGCUUCAACUCGUCGUGAAUGAGGAUGCUGUAUCUGGACCACCUCGGGGUGAUAUUCCAGGGGGUGGUUUUGAUUCGGACAACCAAGUUAACCCAGGCUACGGCUCCGGCGGCUCUGGCUACCCGACUGACUCAGGCAGAGGCAGUGGGCGCUACCCGACGGACUCUGGUCGCGGCAGUGGGGGGUACCCGACGGACUCUGGCCGCGGCAGCGGGGGCUACCCGACGGACUCUGGUCGCGGCAGUGGGGGCUACCCCACGGACUCAGGCCGUGGCACUGGGGGCUACCCCACUGAUGGCGGCCGGCAGCCGGGCGGCUACCCGCCCGAGCGUUGGCCAGGCAGCGGAGGCUACCGCCCGCAGUCACCCGGGCCGCGCAACGAGUACACCGUGCCUACAGGAGGACGUGCGGAGCUGCGGUGCAAUGUCGACGGUAACCGCCAAAGAAUAUACUUGAACUGGGUUCGUGCCGACAAUGGACCAAUGCCAGAUGAUCACAGAAUCAGCGAUGGAACUCUGUACAUCAACAACGUCCAGCCUUCAGCAGCUGGAGACUACGCGUGUAUCGGCUACGGAGAGAACAGCGAAGAGCUGUUCCGCACCAUUGCUAGACUUGUAGUGCAUGAUGUUCUAAGGAUAGACUUGUACCCGAAAAGGCAGGAAGUGAGGCCGGGAGCCAACCCCUACGUCAGGUGCACUGCGACUGGAAGGCAGCCAAUCAGCAUUGAGUGGACGGCGGAAGGGCGAAGCAUGCCUGCCUCUGUCAACGUUAACCAAGGCAUCCUUCAGUUCCGAGGCAUCGCUGUGUCGGAUGCUGGUCGCUACGUGUGCACGGCACGCGACGCAGACGGAGGCGAAGCUUAUGCUCCUGCUGAAGUGAUUGUCACUGAGCACUCGCAGUCGGUAGUCUCGGCCGUGCAGCGCGACGUGUCGACGUUCGAGGGCUCCAGCAUCCAGCUGCGCUGCACCGAGUCCUCGGGGUACGGGCGGCGCGCGCGGCUCACGUGGAGGCGGGACGGCCAGCCGCUGCCGUCCUCCGCGCGGGAGGAGGGCGACGAGCUCGUCAUCUCCGACGUGCAACUGGCCGACCAGGGCCGGUACAUCUGCGAGGUGCAGACCCCGACGGGGCCCUCGUCCGACUACAUCAACCUGCGCGUGGAGCAGUAUCGUGACGGGUACGGUUGCGACCUGAGAGCCACUUUCCGAUGUAACAGUGGAGAAUGCAUUUCGCAUGCUCUGGUUUGUGACACAUAUGACGACUGCAGAGAUAGCAGCGAUGAAGUUGAUUGCAGAUACAGAAGACAACAUGGGGUGUCGGACAUCGCUCUGAGGAUCGAACCGAGCCAGCAGAUGAUCCGCCUGGGCGACACGGUCGACCUUCACUGCAGCUCGUCCGGAGACUCCCCCACCUCUUUCUCGUGGUCCAAGGGCGAGGGACGCCUGGGCAACAACAUCCAGACCUCUGGAAGCAUCCUCAGGGUGGAAAGUGUGAACCUGGAUAACGGUGGUGUUUACACAUGCACUGCAACAACACAAGAUGGCGGCUCCUUUACGGCAGACUACAUUCUAAAGAUUCAAGAUGGGAUGACAGGCGAUGCGGCUGCGAUCGAGACCAAGACCGCCCCGUACGGCUCCACCGUCAUCAUGGACUGCGACACGGACCUGGAGAAGCCCGUUGCGUACAGCUGGUCAAAGCAGGGAGGAACACUGCGUGCCGGCGCCACAGCGCGCUCUGAGAAGCUGACGAUCACGGACGUGCGAGGGCAAGACGCGGGCACCUACGUGUGCACGGCCCAGAACGAGAACAUGAAGAUGGACAUCCCGACAGUGCUGGUGGUGACGGGAGUCGUGCCCUACUUCGCCCAGGCGCCGACGUCCUACAUGGUGUUCCCCACCCUGCCGGACGGCUACCUGGAGUUCGACAUCACCGUCUCCUUCAAGCCGGAGUCUGCUAAUGGCUUAAUCCUGUACAAUGCGGAGAAGAAAGGCAAGGAAGGAGACUUUGUUUCCUUGGGACUGAACAACAGUUACGUUGAGUACCGGUUCGAUGUUGGCCGCAGCCCAGUUCUAAUCAGGUCGUCGCGUCCCAUCAGCCUGAGAGAGUGGCACACUGUCAAGAUUGACAGGAAGAGGAGGGAAGGUAGGAUGUAUGUUGACGACGACGGCCCGUUCACUGGGAAAACCCUUGGCCGCUACCAAGGCUUGGAUCUGCGUGAACCGUUCUACCUGGGCGGAGUUCCAAGCUUUGAUGACAUCCACCAAGAUAACGGCUUCACAAGUGGCUUUGUGGGCUGCAUCAGCCGGCUGGUGAUCGGGGCGGACGAGAGCGACCUGGUCCACGACGCGACCCUGAGCCAGGGCGUCACGACGUGCGAGACUUGCGCGGCCAGCCCUUGCCAGAACCACGGGGUGUGCCAGGAGGCGACGGAGCCCCAGGGCUACACCUGCAUCUGCCCGCCGGGCUUCAGCGGCCUCAACUGCGACAAAGUCGGGGAGACCUGCUUCCCAGGGGCUUGUGGCAGCGGGCGCUGUGUCAAUAAGGAUGAAGGCUUUUUGUGCUACUGUCCGUACGGCAAAAUUGGAGACAGGUGUGAAAACAACAUUGACAUUAUUGAGCCUGCCUUCGCAGAUGAUGCCUACGUUGCUUACCCUACGCCGAAAGCUCUACGCAGACUAAAAGUUACUCUGAAAUUCAAACCGGAAACUACAGACGAUGGCGUGCUGAUGUACUGCGCACAAAGUGAAGACGGAAAUGGCGAUUUCACGUCUCUUGCUAUAAAAGACAAGAAACUGGAGUUCAAAUUUGACACAGGCUCAGGUCCGGCGGUGGUCCGCAGCAAGAGGGACGUCAGCGCCGGGGAGUGGUUGACGGUGUACGCGACCCGCAACAUGCGCCAAGGCCAGCUGACGGUCGGCAACGAGGCGCCGGUGACCGGGGUCUCCCCAGGGGCGUCCGGCGGCCUCAACCUGCGCAUCCCGCUCUACGUGGGCGGCUACGACAAGGAGAGGGUGCGGCUGUCCAACGGCGUCGGAGUCACAGACAGCUUCCGCGGCUGUGUGGCGGAGGUGCACGUGUCCAACAUAAAGAUGGACCUGAAGAGCUCGCUGGUCGACUCGGCCAACGUGCAGGAGUGCAGCCGCGUGGCGGACUCGCCGUGCAACAGCGGGCCGUGCCAGAACGGCGCGCUCUGCAGGCCGGACGCCGCCGGGCUGUCCUACACGUGCGUCUGCCGGGAAGGCUUCAGUGGAAGGCACUGCGAUAAGCAAUCCGACUUGUGCAAGAUGCUUCAGCCUUGCAAAAAUGGUGGCUCGUGUAUCGGGACUGUGAACUCUUACUUCUGCAAAUGCCCAAUUGGAUAUUUCGGUACAAACUGCCAUGAAGUUGCGGAGUUCACGACGGAGGUGAGCUUCCGCAAGAACGGAUACCUGGAGCUGCGGAAGGCGCUGCUCCCGCACACGUCCACCAAGGAGAAGGAGAUCAUCAUCGUGGAGUUCUCCACGUCCGACCCCAACGGCCUCAUCUUCUGGCACGGGCAGAAGCCCGAGACGGACGGCAAGGGCCUCGACUACCUCUCUCUGGCAGUGGUGAACGGGCACCUGGAAUUCAGCUACGAGCUGGGCUCGGGCCCGGCGCAGAUACAGAUCGGCGGCGGCGCGCGGGUGGACGACGGCAAGCGGCACCGCGUCGUGCUGAAGCGGCUCGACGCGGACGGCAGCAUGGAGCUCGACACGGACACCUCCGUGUUCGGCCAGAGCAAGGGCCAGCUCACCAUGCUCAACACUCACGGCAACAUCUACGUCGGUGGGCUGCCGAACUUUGAGCACAUGACUGCCGGAAAGUACCUGGAAGGAUUCUCCGGAUGCAUCCACUCCCUCCAGAUCCAGGACUCUGGAGAGAUAAACCUCAAGGAGAGCGCUGUGUCUGCCGUCAACGCACUCCCAUGCUCAAACACUUUAGAUUUCAGCGACAACGACGUGCUGAAUCGUCUCGACGGUAUCGUGUACAAGUGAAGUGGACAGAGCCAAGGUCGUAGUGCGCAAGGUGCCGGGAGCUGAGUAGCCGUACUGUUCGAUCAUGUGUUCAUCAAGUUUCAAUGUCUGUGAGCGUGUGGAAGUUUUGCUGCUGCUGCCGCCGCUGCUAAAAAAAAAAUAAUAAUAAACUAUUUGGGCACUGUAUAAAAAAAUUGUAUAAAAUGUAAAAUGUUAUCAAAAAAAUAUAUUCGACGAUGUGAAUGUUUAAAGUGAAGUGGCAGAGACGAAAAAUAUUUUGUACUUUUCCCGUAGGGUUAUGUCAAGGGUGGGUGGUUGGUUUCAAUUUAGAGUGUAUUUAAAGAGUUGAAACUUUAUCACCAGAUUGCAUUUAUAUGAUGGUGGAUAGUUAUUUCAUUUCAUUACUUAUUUUUGUGAUAAAGAUAAGAUGCAUUAAACUUGCAAUAACGUUGAUGUUAGUACGUAUUAAUAUCUGCAGUUAUUUAUAAGGCUUAAUGUUUUAGCCAAGGAAUGUACAUAUCAUUAAAGUCCAAGAAAUGUAUAUGUAAUUUAAAAAGUGUUAAAACGCUCUUGUAAUUUUAUGCUACUCUCAUGUUUAUCGUAAAUACAAUAGUAUACGUGCACUGACCUGAAAUUUAGUGUAAUCAUCAAAUUUUUUUGAGGGUGGGAUAGCAUUUGAAGGACACCUAUGUUUAUGUAUUGUAUUUUUACUAACAGUAUUUAUUUAAGUACUUGAGUUAAUAGGAGUGGUUUUAUCCUCAAUUGCACACUGCCAUCUGUCUCCAAAUGCUGUCUCACAGGCUCGUGAAGCAUAUUAGCCAACCACCUUUCCUUUGAAUGAUUAUCUUUUACGUGAAUAAUUUUGCUAUGAAAGUAUGAAUGUGUUGUAUUUUGCAUUAGUCUAAUCUUUUAUGUUUUAAAGUAUAAAUUGUGUGUAUCUUUUUCAACUCAAGACUAUUUUUAGAAUGUGCAUAUAAAAUAAAUCUGAUACAAAAAAAACGUGAAUGUGAAGUUUUGUUUUUCGCUUGUAGAAAAAAAUUCUUGUGUUUCUACGUUCAUCAUUAUCUCAAGAAAUUUACUGCCAUUAAUUUACAAUCUGUACCCAAUUAUUAUUUGUUAUAAUUUUGAUGUAUAGAACACAACAACCUAACUAUAUAGGUACAUCUUAAUUUUGUGUAAUAUUUAAGUUCUGAUUUUACAAAUAUUAUCGUGUUCUAUAUAUGUGGCUGUCAUAUAUGCUCGUUUUUGUACUUUUUGUUGAAUAAGGAUACACAGGUGCUAUAAAUUGUAGAUUUUGUGCCAUAACAUUUUGUGUCAAAUAUAACCACUUUAAUAUACUGCCAUGUUUUGUGUACAUUUUUUUAAAGCAUUAUCUUUGCAUUAUUUUCUAAUUUUUUGCUUGUUGUAGCUUUUCUCAAUAUUCCUACAAGUAUAUAUAUAUAUAUAUAUAUAUAUUUAAAACAUCUGAAACUGAAACGUAUCAUAAAAAGUGAUGUUAAUUAAUGGAGCUGUGACUGUUAAUUGCUGAUAAUUGUGAUAGUACUGUAUACCUUUAAUUUUGAGAAAGAAAAAAAUGUGAAAAACAGUUAAUUCUGCUAGAUUAAUAAAAAAAACAUGGUAUUAAUGCCGCAUCUGUACAAUAGAGCUCUAGAAGUCUAGAAAUUUUGAUAAGCUAUGAACUUGUAAAGACAUAAAAUCUUUCACAGAUGUAACCAUACGUGUCUUUUUUCCCUCACUGUAUGAAGCUAUUUUAUGUAUCAAUUAAAAGUGGGCAACUUACAGCAAACGGGAAGUAUCAGAAUAAUGUGUAAAGUGUAAGAAGACAAUAAAUAUGACAAUUAAUGUCAACAUUUUAUUACAUGUAACAUAAACUGUCAUAAUUCCCUUUCAAUACCACGUGUAGUCUUAAAGUGUUUUAACAGCAUGUCAGUAUGUUCGAUUGUUCAUUAAAAUUUAAUAUUUUUAA